CUUGCUCUGACCUCUUUAAACAUUCCCGUUUGAGAUUGGUUGCUACUUUCAGGCUGUUGAAUAAAAUGAGGUGCAUCUUCACAUUUCUAGUCCUAUAGUGCAGUAACUUAUCCAGAGUUUGUUCAUUGGUCACUGACCAUUUGUUAGCCAGUGAGCAUGCUCUUGUUUCUUGGUCAGAUCAAACCUUGCAUCAUGCCUGGUUGCACAAUGCCAAGAUUACAGCGAACACUCUGCUCAAACCUUAAAAACUGAACUUCACUAACAGGUGAUGUCAUGUGGCAACCUCAAUCUUUAAAAUAUUCACUUACAAUAAGCUGUGGUUUGGGGAGGAAACGACUGGAAAAACUUUUACAUAUUGCAGGAAAUGAUUCACGGGCGCUUUAAAUAAUUGCUGGGUUUUAAAUGAGGUGAUAGGUCCUGGAAACCGGUUUUUUAGGUCUAAUGGACACGCCUAAGCAUAGGGUGGCGGUAAAGCGCGCAUAAGCGGUUUAAACGCCUCCAAUAAAGCCAAAAGAAGACAAAGCAUUGCCUUUUUGUUGUCAUAUUGGGCAGAGACCCUACAGAUGGCACUGAAUUGAAUAUAAUAAGCUAACAGUGGGAUUAAGUACAUGGUAACGGGCCUUGUUGAAUCCUCUGCUUUCCCCGCAGGGUGGGUCGUAGGUUACGUCGCCUUUCUGCUCUCAAUCAGGAGGAUGUGGACCGGGAAGUACAUCCGAAAUCCGGUUGUCCGCUCCCUCCUGGUGAACAUGCUGAGCGACCUGGAUACGAUAGACGUUACAAAGUGGUACAGGUGCAAUCCUGACCUACUGGAAGAAUCACUGCAACCACUGUUUAUCCAAAACCAGCUGGAUGCAGACACCAGGGCUUUUGUGGAACAGAGUGAAGAGAAGUCUACCUAUCUCUUCACCCAAAUCUAUUAUUCUCUCGUCUCAACUAUCCUCAGCCCGCUGGUAUCACGUACCUCCAUUAAUGGGUUUCUGGGUCGCGGCUCUAUGUUCGUGUUUUCCAAGAACCAGUUCCAGCAGCUGCUACAGAUCGAGCCAGACUGGGUGGCUGACAGGCUAUUGGACCUCGGCGCGGGGGAUGGUGGUGUUACAAAGGUGAUGGCACCACAUUUUACGGAGGUCUAUGUAACUGAAGUGUCAUUGACCAUGAAAAGGCGUCUCCGCAAGAAGAAAUUCAAACUGCUGGGUAUAGAUGCAUGGCAGGAGACAGGCUUUAAGUAUGACGUGAUCAGCUGUUUGAACCUUCUUGACCGCUGUGACGAUCCUCUGCGUCUCCUGAAAGACAUCCGACAAUCGCUGGUUCCGGGGACGGGAAGACUCAUCAUGGCUGCUGUGAUUCCUUUCCAACCUUGGCUAGAAAUCGGAGGGAGAUGGGAGCGUCCCAGGGAAUACAUAAAAAUUCAAGGCAAGACUUGGGAGGAGCAAGUAAACGGUCUUACAAAUGAGGUUUUUCGAAAGGUGGGGUUUGAGGUGGAGUCCUUCACCCGAUUGCCAUACCUCUGCGAAGGGGACAUAGCAAGAGAUUACUACCUUCUUGAUGAUGCAGUUUUUGUUCUAAAGUCCUCAGAUGAUCAAGUGGCUGCUCCAUGAGUACUAAAAGCACAGAGUAUGUAGUUUCAUGAGCAUUCUUGAAUUGCAGUGUUUGACUUUUUUUUACAAGUGGUGAGUCGGUUGUGAAGUUCAGGUAACAUAGUUUCCAUGUUCACCAGCCAUCUUGUUUAGUGAGACCUCUACCCUUUUGAAGCAAAAAUCUGGAAAGCAGUUGACCUGUAAGAAAAUGCCACUAAUGGACUCUGAUGUCAUAACUCUUACACAACCAACAAAACAUGAGUUUUUUGUUUUUUUUUUUGUCUGUUACCUGUGCUCACUGGAAGUAUCAUUCUGUAGUGAUGUUGAGGACUCUCUUGACAUGGUGUUUAACUGGACCCUUAUUUUUCCCAAAUUUUCUACCCAGUAUCAGACAGUGAAGAUGGUGCAAGUGAAAGCAUUUAAACACUCAUUUUGUAGACAGUUCAUUAUAAUUUUACACUAACUUGAAGCAGAACUUUCCAAAUGCCCCUUCAUAAAGUGAGCCUAUGAAACUUCAGCUUCAUGACCACAAAAAGAAUAUUGUAGACUGUUCAAAGCUAGUUUGUGGUUUUUUGUUUGUUUUUAUUUUCUUCAUGAAAACAGAUUCUUAAAGCUUUAUCCUGUGUUGACUUUGAGUAUAAAAAUCUAAAUCUUUAAUCCUUAAUAUAAAAUCCCUUUUGGUGCUAGUAGAUGUAACUAUGGUAUAAAUGGAAAAGGCCUUAGUUACCACAUUGACUUGUAAACUACUGGUUUUACUAUUCCAAGCAAUGCUGUAGCAGCAAGCCCUGCAUUUAUGGCUGUUUAUGAAUUAAACUUUGUCUCUCAAUGUUAUGGCCUGAAUCUGUGCUGCUCAAAUGAUGGUGCAGAAUGAAGUUUUUUGGACAAAUGUGCCACACAUAAUGCAAUCUAAGUGUUUGUUCUAAAUAAAAUACACUUUUGAGCCUUU